UGUGAUUCUCAAAAAAAUAAACAAAUAAAUAAAUUGUUGUUAUUUUACAAAAUAUUUAUAUAAACAAAAAAAUGGCUAGAAAUUUCAUCGACUUCUUAGACUUUCUUGGUCGCAUAGAUAGACUCAGUGAUCGUGAAAUACCUUCUAUUCCCUAUAAAACAUACAAACCUCGAAUCAAUCCAAUGGAAGAAUUAGAUGACCAUGAAUUUCGUCAAAUAUAUCGUUUUUCCAAAGCAAACAUGCUCAAAUUAAUAGAUUUAGUUAAAGAUGAUUUAGAAGGCAAUUCAAGAGGUGGUCAUAUUCCAGUUAAUAUCCAAGUUAUGGCUGCAAUACGAUAUUGGUCUUUAAAUGAGCUUCAAAGUGAUACUGCCGAUAUGCAUGGUUUUAGUCAACCAACAUUUAGCCAUGUUAGUGCCAGAGUUGCAAUAGCAUUUGCAUCAAAAUCUAGAGAAUACAUAAAAAUGCCUCGAACUAUUGCCGAAAAAGAUGAAGUUAUGAAUGGAUUUAAGAGAAUUUGUGGAUUCCCAAAUGUAAUUGGAGCAAUUGGUUGUACUCACAUACGCAUACAAACCCAAGCAGGCGAACGAGGACCUCUCUAUGUCAAUAGUGAAGGUUAUUCCUCUAUAAACACACAAUUAGUUUGUGAUUAUCGUUUUAAAAUCACAGACAUUGUAGCUCGUUGGAGUGGAAAUACUCCAGAUAUAAAGAUAUUUAAUGAAAGUCGAAUUAAGAAACGUUUAGAAUUGAAUGAGUUUCAGGGAUGUCUUUUAGGGGAUAGUCGUUAUGAGUCAACAAAUCAUUUGUAUACACCUGUCGAUAAUCCUGUGUUGGCAAGUGAGAAAAAAUAUAAUAAAGCUCAUAUUGCGACAAGGCAAACCAUUGAUAGGACAAUUCAUAUUUGGAAAUCGAGAUUUCGAAUUUUAAAAACCGGAUUGAGAGGUUCUCUGGAAAAUGUUAAGGUUCUUAUAGUGGCUUUGGCAGUAUUACACAAUCUUGCUAUUGAGUUUAAGGAAGAACUUGAUGACGAAGAAUUAAAUGGAAGUGUUGAUAGUGCUUCGACUUCAACGAGUUCUCAUGAAGAUACUGACGCCAGAAGUUCUUUUAUUCUAAAACACUUUUCAAACGUUUAAACUUAUGAAUAGAAACAUUUUCAUUGAUCAUUUCAUUAAAAAAAAUAUCAAGAGACUAAUCAGAAAACAGGUAAAAGUAUCAUUUUCUUCAAAUCCUUGACGUCAUUCUCCACUCCACUCCUUCGUUCAAUCUUAGAUUCGAAGAGUUAUCCCAUGAUGCAGGUGUUCUAUUUGUCUCUCAGCAGCUUUCAAUCCCGUAAAUAUUGUCCUGCAAUUUUCUAACUAAUCAUCGACCGAUACGCGAUUGACCGAAUGUCACACGUGGAAAUGGUCUCUUUAAACAG